AAGCUAGCAGCCAGGAACGGGUCGUCGCUUCCUUCCUUCCUCUGAUCUGUCAGAAACGAGAUCAUUUUGUAGCCUGUCUCCGCAGUCAGUCCGGAGUCCGCACGUCGGCGCGCACCGGUCGCCAUCGGCCUCUCGCGCCCCCGGCCUUUCCCUCGCCAAAUUAAACUCGAUCCCUUCUUGAUCGACUCCAUGCCCCGCUAGCUCCAUCCAUAUAUAUUUCCACGACCAAAACCCGGAACUCAUCUUGCCUCGCUUCCCCUCCCGGCCAGGUAAUCUAUACUAGAGUCUCGGAGUAAACUAAAGCCGCCUCUGGUCGAUGGCUGCCGUGCAGCCGCACGCAGCACCGCGCCGGCAUCCGCCGCCGCCGGUCCCGCAGGUGCCAGCGGCACCGUCGCAGGCGGCGCAGCUCCCGUGCAAGAGGGGCCGCGCUGACGCCGACGCGGUCGCUCACAGCAGGAGCAGGCAGGAGAGGGUGGCGGAGUCGUGCUGCCCGUCGAAGCGGGAGCGGGAGCGGGAGCAGGAGCUGGUGCUGGUCGACGACGACAGCGGCGAGGAGGACGGCGGCUGCGGCAGCUUCGUCGGCGGUGUCGGCGGGGGACAGGACGACGAGGACGAGGUCGAGGGGAGCGGGAGCGCAGUCGUGUGGUGGCGCCGUCAGGAGGGCAACUGCUCCCUCUGGGCGAGCGGGAGCAGAGCGGCCGGGGGCGAACUGCGCGGCGGCGGCGAGCGCGGCGGCGACGAGGACGAGGACCCCAAGGUGGCGGCGGCCAGGCGGCAGGAGGAGGACCGCAAGUUCUGGGAGGCGUGCCUGGCGUCGGGCUACCCCUGACGAGGAAAGCUCCGGUACGGCCAGAUAGGAUCGGUGGCCACGCCUUCUUCAUGUACAGUAGCGUGCAAUUGCAACCCCAUGGAAUGGAACCAAGAUGCUUUUUUUUGAAAAGUGAACCUCCCUGCCCGUGUUGUUCAUGUUCAUACCGUCGUGCCUGCAACUAUUGCACUAGCUCACUGAUUCUUUCAUUAUUCAGAAAGUGUGAUUGUGUGUGCACUCUAUCUAUUUCUUGUUCCUCACUUGGUGGGUUA